AUGAGCUACGCAGAGGCAAACCGUCGGUAUUUCGAUGCCAUAUCGGACUCCUACGACAGCAAGCCUUGGUUCAAUGUCGUCAACGACCGAGUCGCAGAUAGUCUUCGCUCCGAUCUAUCUUGGGUCGGCAUCCCCUUUGCCAACACAGGGUUCAGUACAGAUGCCACUCAAGUUCGUCUUCUGGACUAUGCAUGCGGCACUGGGCUGAUGACACGUGUCUUCGGACCCUACGUUACCAAGACCCAGGGUAUCGAUAUCUCACCCAAAAUGGUGUCUACAUACAACACUCGUGCUCGCGAUGCCGGUCUUCCAGAAGACGUUGUCAGCGCCGUGGUUGGUGAUUUGUUUGUCAAGUCCGACCCUCAGCCACAAUCACUGUCGGGACAGGAGUUCUGGAAUUUUGAUCUUGCGACUGUUGGAUUUGGGUUCCACCAUUUCGAGGAUGUUGUGUUUGCCGCUAGUCAGUUGAAGGACAGGCUGAGGCCAGGUGGUGUGUUGGUCAUCAACGAUUUCUUAGAGGGAGGAGAUUUAUUGGCUGGCGAGGACGGGGAACCGAUCGAAGGGAGCGAGGGCAAUCAUGCUCUACACAAUCACAAGCAUGGUCAUGAUCAUGGAGGACAUGGGCAUCAUCACGGUCCCGGCGACAAAAAGGCCUCCAAUUCGCACGAUCACCACCAUCACGGGCAUCAACGCCAUCAUAAUGCUGAACAAAAGCACGACGUCGGCGACAGCGAUCCUGAAUUCCGCAGAAAGAUGGAAGCUUCUGUCGUAGUCCCGCACUUCACUAUUCAAGGUGUGAAACAAUUUUUUACCGAGGCUGGGUUUGUGGAUAUUGAUGUCAAAACGAUGAAGGAGAGGAACUACAUGGAAUUCGCUGGCAAGAAACUGUGGCGCACAAUCUUGUUUGCUAGAGGCCGGAGACCGAUUGAAGAACAGGAUGGCAGAGGAAAGAGUGAGUUGUGA